ACCAUUCUCGAUACAUCGAAGAACGGCAGUGGCAAUACUUACGUACAUGUACGUACAUGUACAGUACACGUACUUGUCGGCUACAUGACUUACUUGCUUCAUGCCAAGUGAUGGAUCCUUUUGUUGGUAUCUUUGCUGUAUGAAGAAAUUAGGAAAAGCAAGAGUACCUGUACAAGAUAUGCAUGAAUACUGUGUGUGAAUCCGUUCAUCAGCUGAGAGCUUCUUAAUGUCAUGGAUGAGGUCGCCGUUGAAAGUUGACUUUCUCAUUUCCGACUCAACUAAUGAGAAGCUUGGUAGAGUAUGGACAGCUGGAAACCAAACCCCAGGGCCCCACCAUUCAUUCCCAGGAAACACACACACAUCUGUUCCAGAGGGCAGUUCUUCAGAAGACUGGGCUCCAAAUUUUUUCAGUUUCUUCUGGUUGGGGUGCUGAUGACUACAGUCAUCAUCAAUAUUCUGUUCAUUGCGGACACUGGGCGAAGGCUGAGAGAGGUGCAAUCAGAGGGAGGAGCUCAGGAUGAAGCACUGGAGACAAAUUUGCUGUCUAAUGGCAACACAUUUGAAAAGCUUUCCCGCCAACUAGAAAUAGAGGUCCUCUCUAGUGACAAGAAAGCUGCAAUCUCUGUGGGGGGUACUCAGGUUUUGGAGGAGGAAGAGAAGGAUGUUGGGAGGGGUAUUCACGUCUUAGUGUUGAACCAAGCUACUGGCAGUGUCAUGGCCAGACGUGUCUUUGAUACCUAUGUGGCUCAUGAAGAUGAGGCUAUGGUAUUGUUUCUUAAUAUGGUAUCUGAUGGAAGGAUUCUGAUCUUUACUAUUAAGGAUGAGGGGACAUUUCAGCUAAAGGAGUCAGCUCGUGCAUUUCUUAAAACCCUUGGAAGUAGAGAUGCUGAACAGAUGGGAUGGCGAGAUACCUGGGCUUUUGUCACUCAGAAACAGAAGAAGCAUGGUCAUGCCUUUGCAGAGAUGCACAACAAGGCAGUUGACAUGAACCACUGGGGUUCUCCAGUUAUCCUCAAGACCACUAUCAAUCUUGUCCCAGUCAAAGAAAGUGAAUGUAAUUGGCCUGAUACAGAGGCAAAUCAAAGGAGACGUACCUUCUGUGAUCAGCUGGAAGGAUAUGGGAGUCUGUGCUCCUGUGAUGCCCCAGCUCCUAUUGAUAUGAGCCCUGAACCAUUGAAGAACAAUACCAUGUUGGAUGUUCCAGUGGUGGUCAUUGCCAGCAAUAGACCAAAUUACUUAUAUCGAAUGUUAAGGUCACUUCUUUCUGCUCAUGGAGUGAAUCCCAAAAUGAUCAACGUCUUCAUUGAUGGCUAUUUUGAGGAGCCACUCAAGGUGACCAGACUUUUUGACCUCAAGGGCAUCCAGCAUACACCAAUAGGGUCCAAGGCUGGUCGAAUAAGCCAACAUUACAAAGCCAGCCUAACGGCUACAUUCUCUAUGUACCCGAGUGCCAAGUAUGCAAUCAUUUUGGAGGAAGAUUUAGAUGUUUCCGAAGACAUAUUUAGUUAUUUUAGUCAAACAAGUUAUCUGCUUGAAAGGGAUGACAGUCUUUACUGUAUAUCAGCAUGGAAUGACCUGGGUUAUGAGCACACAGUUCAAGACUCUACACUACUGUACCGUGUAGAAACCAUGCCUGGUCUUGGAUGGUUACUGAAGAGGUCACUUUAUAAGGAAGAACUUGAGCCCAACUGGCCUACACCAGAAAAGGUUUGGGACUGGGACAUGUGGAUGCGGACACCGGAGGUUCGUAAGGGUCGGGAGUGCAUCAUUCCUGACAUCUCUAGGACAUUUCAUUUUGGAGCUAGUGGUCUGAACAUGAAUAGCCAUUUUCAGGAACUGUAUUUCAAGAAACACCCUUAUAACACAGUGCCUCAUGUGAAGCUAAAAAACCUGGAGGGUAUGACCCGGGAAGCUUAUGAAGACCAAAUGCAUAGAUUGAUCAGCAAGGCAGAAGUGCUCGACCACUCGUUAAAUCCCUGUGAAGAGGAACGCUUCAUACCUAAAUUGAAGGGCAAGUCUUAUGUCAUGUACAUUCAGAUGUACUCUGACAAUGACUAUGAAACAUGGCUUGCAGUUGCAAAGUGCUUCCGCAUUUGGGAUCUAGAUGCAAGGGGCUUCCACAAAGCAUCAUGGCGAAUGUUUAUGAAGGAAUCACCGUUAUUUGUUGUAGGCUUUCCUGCAUCCCCUUACGCGAAAUAUAAACCUAUAGAUGUGAAGCCGAUCUAUCUGAAGAAACAAAGCAAGACCAAGUUACGCUGAAUUUGUGGGGAUUUUUAGCAUGAAUCUUUGUGCUGAUUCAACACACUCAUCUGAAGUAGUCAACCAGUCUAACUCUGUAGGUCAGAGUGGUGAUUCACAACCUUUGUCCCUGGCCACAUCUCGUCAGACAGUGAUAGGUAUUGUGAACCAGUGUUGUCAAGGUCUCUUUCAGGCCCCUAAGUCAACUGAAAUGUAAUGUUCUUGUGGUUGGAAUCUAGUGUUGGUAUCAAGGCUAUGCCAGUUUGAAAUCAGUUGGAAUAGUAGUGAGUAUACACAACUUCUACCAGUAUGUGAUUAAUGUAGGAAUAUGGAAAAGAGUUCAGACUUUUUGAUGCUCAUUUGUGAUCCAUACUGAGUACUUGGACGAGACUCGUUUCCCUCUGCCCAUAAUGAGUACUUGGACAAGACUCGUUUCCCUCUGCCCAUAAUGAGUACUUGGACAAGACUCGUUUCCCUCUGCCCAUAAUGAGUACUUGGACAAGACUCGUUUCCCUCUGCCCAUAAUGAGUACUUGAACAACAUUCAUUUUCCUCUGUACCAAAUGAUAUCUCACUGUAAUUGUCAGACAUGAAAGAGGACUUGACUACAACACUUUUGUGAGUCUCUGAAACAUAGAAAUUAAUGUGGUACAUGUAUGUACCAAACAUGGAUCUUGAUGCUGCCCAGAUUGUGCAGUUAGGAGGAUAUUGAACUGUAUGGAGGACACUUCUGUUAUGAUGAGAUCAUUAGCUUUUCGUCUGUAAAUUUGUUCCUAAGGAAAGUCAUUCUGUUACUGUGUUGGUGAGCAGUGAAAUUAAUUCUUGAUUAAUGUGUCUUUUCAACCUGCAAAAGUUGACUUCACUAUGUAAAUAUUUAUCCCAUAGAAGUACUUUUGGCUUCUGGUCUGAAAGGCAAACUCUAAUGUCUAUUGUAGCAAUUUAUUUGUAAUAUUUUGUCAUUAAUUGUUAUGACCGUUUUAUGCUAGAUUUCAAAUAGCCAGUUGACUGCUACUGAAGACAAGCUCUUUGAAAGGGGACUUAUAAACUGCACAGAAACAAUUUUCAUUUGAUAUCAAGCUAGAGAAGAAUGCCUUGCUAGUUUCACCAACAUAUUCCAAAUGUGAGGGAGUUAACUGCUUGUCUUAAACAUAGUUUCCAAUGAACCACGUUGCAGUCAGCUGCUAGCCUGUGUGUGGAGAGAAUCUGAUUUCAAAUAUGAUUUUCUCUCCUUUUGUUCACAUUAUUGUUUAAAUUCAGCCUAUUUUUAAAUCGCUUAUUUUUGUCUUCACUGAAAGUUUUGCCAUUUUGUAUAAAAGCCAUCUCAGGACUAGAAAAUGUCAAAAACCAACUGAAUAAUUGUGUGUGAGUUGUUACUACAUAAUUGACAGAUAUUUUGUAAUGAUGAUUUGGUUAUUGAAAAUUAACAAACUAAUAUAUAAGCACAAGAAUUGCUAAUUUAAGUUCUGAUUGAAGUUUCCCUGAAUUCGAUUUAUCUGCUCUCUUUCUUUUUUUUCCUCCUUCCAUUGUAAUUGUUCAGAUCAGCAAACAGUUUGUUCAUAUAGCUUCAUGAAAUAUCUUUUCUCUUCCAGUAGAUGGAGUUUUAAAAAUUCUAAAAUAAGAAUUUCUCUGUUUAAAUAGAUACACCUGGUUGGCGAAUAACAUAACAUUGUCAAACUACAAUUUAGUUUCCCCUGUCUCCAACACACAAUAUUCAUGAAAUUAUCUUGUAGGCAGUACACUAGUCAACCAGGCUGUCCCACAGCAUACAAGCAUUAGAAUGCAGCAGAGUUGUUGUAUUUGUAGGGAUGCGUAUAUGAAUACAGCUAAAAAGGUGAACCUGUGUACUGUACAAUUAUUGCUACUCUUCAGUUAGGUUUCAUUUACUAAUGUGCAGUCAAAAGGGCCUAAUGCUGUGUUCCAGUCAUGUGCUUGUUCUUCAGAGCUUGACAGUGCUGUGUAUUAGGUACUACACAGGGCAUAUGUAUUGACUUUGUAGAUACAUGUUUGUGAUAAGUGAGUGGUAAACCUUGACGUGAGAAAUAUAACAUGGUUGGUAGUAAUUCAAGACCUCUGAAAGGGACUUGUAACGUUGCUGAGAAGAGCCAGUUUUUUGUGAUACAUUUAGAAGGGUUGCAUGAAAGGCAGUCACUGUAGACUGAGACAUGAAAUAGUCACAGCUGGCAUGACAGUGUACAUAUGUUUACUAGUGUUAUUAUACACAAAAUACCGCAUUUUCUUAAAGUUAUUUGUAAAAGAGUUUCGUUGUUUAGCAAGGCUACAGGUACUUGCAAGUUACAUUUGUAAAAUUUAAUAUUUGUAGGCAUAAACUAAGGCAAGAGAGUUAUUACAAAUGAAAUCAAUUGUGCAAUCACCCAUUUCACAGGGUAAACAAAUGAGAAACUUGAUAAUUUCCAGUAUUAUUAUAAGGAUAGUCAGUUUCAUUGGUUUCAUCUCUGGUACAGCAGAGUGAAAUUGCCUUAUAACUCCUAGGCUGUUUACAGAUGCUAAAAAUAACUUAACAUUUUUUAGGGUCUUCUCACCCAAAAGAAAUGGCCCUAGAAGUCAGCUUGUAUAAAAACCCUAGCUGUUGUCCUUUCACUCCAUCGGUAUAAAUAUUUAAUACUAUUUGUUUAGAUAAGACUUGAAGCUAUGCAUGGUGGAAGUACUAAAUUAGGUUAGGCUUGGGGUGGCACCAUGUACAAGAAAAUAUCUCUAAACUGUUUGUUUAGUUCUUCACAAACUAGUGAGUUGAAAGGAAAACCAGCCUAGGCUUGCUUUAAGAGGAGUCAUCUCAACUGCUUGUAACUAUCACACAGUAAAGAUUAUGUAAGGUCAUACUGUGUGGUUGAGUCCCAUUAGAACAAUCUUGUAAAGGUUAAUGUGAAGCAGUAAUCAGUAGGGGGAUUGCUAGUUGUGACACCUUGGAGUCAGUUCUGUUGAACUAGUACCACUGCUGCAUGGAAUCCAUGUUUAUAGUGUAUGUCACAGGCUACAUGUACAUGUAUGUACAGCAAGCUGGUCUUGCUUGUAAGUUAUAGACUUAUUACGGACUGCAGUGAAACUAAAUCAACCCUGGACUUUUUGUCACCAUUUCUUUUUGGGGGGGGGGAGGAAGCACAUGCCACCAUUUGUGGAAGACUGAACAUUUGUCAUUGCUUUGUAAAAGCAAACUUAAAGUAUCCCUGUGACUUUCUCAGUUGUUUCAAAUCAAAUAAUGUGCUGUGGAAUGCUGUGUCUAAAUAAUUCAAACGAGAUAAAAUCCCAAACCAACAUGAAGUUAAAAAGUUGGUAUCUUCAUAGAUUCAGUAUAAUUGCUGUUCUGCUGACUGACUUUGGUGGAGAUUUCAUGAAACCAUUUUAUUUCCAAAGUCAAAAUGUAAAUACAAUAGAACCCCUCCAGUCAAAAAUUUGGAAAUUGCAAGAGUAUUCAGUUCAAAUCACUACUGUUGCAUUUGGACCAGUAUCACCUUUGAUUUACCUUUGGUCUAAAAUGUGUAAAUAUGUUAAUUAUUGUAUGCUUGACCCGCAAGCUUGUGCAUGUAUUUUGAAUUACUUGCCUCAAGUAAGCUAGAGUAAAUGGGCACAAGGUGCUAUAUAAUAUGAUGUGCCAGUAGUUGAUUUAGAAUGCCCAGACUUGUUUGGAGACUGUAUAUGACCUCAUUGUCCCUGGUGGGGAAGAACAGCACCCUAGUGUAUCUUCAUUCUCUCCUUGUUCUUAAACUUGAGAAACAGUGAGUAUAGAAUGAUAUGGUACAUGUUUUUCAUCUCAGACUCUGAGACACUUUUAAUCUGGGCCCCGAGUGUUAUGGAUAGUUUUUCUGAUAGUUCAUGUGAUUUAAUACCACAGUUCAUUCUACUCUUCUGCUGGAAGUGUCCAUGCUAAAGAGGAAAUGUCUUUAUCAUCUGUAUUCAAAACUGUCAACCCGGUGUUCAUCAAUCAAACAUUAGGAAUCAUAGAACGCUACUAAGGCUAUGCCCACAGUUUAUAGAUAACAAAACCAGAAUGCUUUCUACAGAGGACCAGGCAAUAGUUUUUCUUCUGUGAUUUCCACACUGAGUUUUAUAAAUUAAGAAUUUAUUCUCCUGAAGAUUUAAUUGGAGAUGAUACUUGUGGUGAUGGUGAUGAAUGAUGCAUGCAUGGUUGCCAUGACAGCAGUUAAUAAUGAUAUUUGUUAUGAAAAUCAUCACAGUAAUGGUAACAUUGAGAUAUAUAGUACUGGUUAAAGUACAGUUGAUAACAGCAAUGGCAAGGAUUAUGGUAAUGUUGAUGGGUGAUAGUUACGCUAAUAGUGACCAUUUGCAAAACAGUUUUGUGUCAGAGGCACCACCCAUUGGUACUACAUGUACCUUGGAGUGUUAGACUGGUUCUCAUUUCUGUAUUAUUUUCCUCUUACUGGAAAUGAAAUAUAUCGUGUAUGAAAUUUGGCGUGAGAACCAAUCAAAUGAAGUUCUAUUCAACGGGGAAAAGAACGAACAAUUCGGUGACGUGAUCAGUGAUCCACUGAUCAGAUGAUCGUGAUUUAUGCACAUAUUGUAUAGAACUUGUUGAUGGUACUUUGGCAAAAACAGUAGAAUUACUAAAUAACAAGAGAUGCACUUGUGGCAAAUGAGCAAGAAUCUGUGGGUGAGGUGUAGUGAAAUGUUUACAAUGCGCAGUUUACUGGAACCUGUUCUCAUACUUGUGACAAGUGUACAAAGUAACUUGUGUAACCAUGCAUGCGUAUAUCAUCAUAGAUACACCUGUCACAUCAUUCUUAAUUUGCAUAAGAUUUCCAAACAAAAAAUAGUUUGAAAAAAGAUGUUCAUAAUGUUAGCAUCAAUUCAUGUGUGUAAAUUCUGAGUCUUAACUCAGGGGUACCCAGUAGAAGGGCAUGGACUAAAAGCAACAUAAGGAAACAAGAUAUGGUUCAUACCUGGAUCCUUCAGAAGGAAUUUGCAGCUGAUCAGAGGCUAACUACUUUGUAGUACAAACAAAAUCAUUCAAAUAAUACAAAACCAAAUAAAGUCCUACACUAUCUGUGAAGAGUAAAUUGAACCACUUAUCUUAGCUGCACCAGUGUUGUUUGUAUUGGGAGUCUAACUGAACUCAGAAUUGGAAGCACAUUUGAUUUUAAAAACAUAAAACAUUUGCAUUAUAUUCUUGUCUUUUACUUGUGUAUGCAAUAUUGCUCUCACCUAUGCACUUCAAUACAUGCACUCUUUUUAAUAAUAAUGUUUCUUGGGUUAAUAAUUCAGAAUGACAUCAUUAUGAGGUAUUUGGGUGGUUAAUUGAUACUACAAAUUGUCUUUAGUGAAAUUUUGCUUGAUUUUAAGGGCUGGAUAAAACUAAAUUGUAAAUAAAGAUGACUUUGGUUGGCCCUUGGCUGAUAUGGAUGGCACUCAAGCACCAAAGUAAUAGGAGAUAUAUGUACACUAUGUAGUGACGUUUCCAAGUAAGAUGGUGUGCCAUUGUGUGCGGGCUUAUCCACCCAAAUCAGUGGAAGUGGGAUCCACAGUCGAGAAAAGAGGAAUUUUUGGUUUUGUUUGGAAAGGUGCUUUUUUGAAAGGGAGGGGGGAUGAUCCUACUGAACCCUAUGCUAAAAACCUAAAUUGAUAGGAUAUAUUGACAACUGUUACCUGGUUUCUACACAGUGUAUAAUUGUGUAUAGUGUAUCAUGUCAGUAGCUACAGUGUAAUAUGCAUGAUGGUUCCAAGAAUUUUUUUGAACAGAAUUAGUAAUGGAGUCCACGUAAAAUCUCUUGGAUGCUACCUACUUAUAGUUUUCUUGAUUCCUUUUAUGUAGUAUUGUGUGAGGAACCAUUUUAAACUGCUAAGAUCAAUAUUCUAAGCCUCUUCACCAUCAGUCAAGAAUAUGAAUUAUGUUGUAUUCCAGUUCAUCAAAGUGCUAUAUUUUUGGUGCAGAUUGGUUUUUGUCUUCACAUUUGUUUAUGCGUGCCAUUGCAUAUUAGAAAUAAAAAUGUAUUUGUACUAACA